AUGGCAGUCGCCGCGUCAUCUCUCAGGCCUUUCCGCAGCAGCACACCACCACGCACCAUACAGAUGACAAACAUCCGGCUACGGUGUCCUCGUGGCCCGCACACAUUAAUGCAGUGCUCCGGAAAUUCGUCACCAAAAACUAAAAAGGAAAAAAAGACUGAAAAGGAAAAAAAGACUGAAAAGGAAAAAAAGACUGAAAAGGAAAAAAAGACUGAAAAGGAAAAAAAGACUGAAAAGGAAAAAAAGACUGAAAAGGAAAAAAAGACUGAAAAGGAAAAAAAGACUGAAAAGGAAAAAGAGACUGAAAAGGAAAAAGAGACUGAAAAGGAAAAAGAGACUGAAAAGGAAAAAGAGACUGAAAAGGAAAAAGAGACUGAAAAGGAAAAAGAGACUGAAAAGGAAAAAGAGACUGAAAAGGAAAAAGAGACUGAAAAGGAAAGAGAGACUGAAAAGGAAAAAGAGACUGAAAAGGAAAAAGAGACUGAAAAGGAAAAAGAGACUGAAAAGGAAAAAGAGACUGAAAAGGAAAAAGAGACUGAAAAGGAAAAAGAGACUGAAAAGGAAAAAGAGACUGAAAAGGAAAAAGAGACUGAAAAGGAAAAAGAGACUGAAAAGGAAAAAGAGACUGAAAAGGAAAAAGAGACUGAAAAGGAAAAAGAGACUGAAAAGGAAAAAGAGACUGAAAAGGAAAAAGAGACUGAAAAGGAAAAAGAGACUGAAAAGGAAAAAGAGACUGAAAAGGAAAAAGAGACUGAAAAGGAAAAAGAGACUGAAAAGGAAAAAGAGACUGAAAAGGAAAAAGAGACUGAAAAGGAAAAAGAGACUGAAAAGGAAAAAGAGACUGAAAAGGAAAAAGAGACUGAAAAGGAAAAAGAGACUGAAAAGGAAAAAGAGACUGAAAAGGAAAAAGAGACUGAAAAGGAAAAAGAGACUGAAAAGGAAAAAGAGACUGAAAAGGAAAAAGAGACUGAAAAGGAAAAAGAGACUGAAAAGGAAAAAGAGACUGAAAAGGAAAAAGAGACUGAAAAGGAAAAAGAGACUGAAAAGGAAAAAGAGACUGAAAAGGAAAAAGAGACUGAAAAGGAAAAAGAGACUGAAAAGGAAAAAGAGACUGAAAAGGAAAAAGAGACUGAAAAGGAAAAAGAGACUGAAAAGGAAAAAGAGACGGAAAAGGAAAAAGAGACUGAAAAGGAAAAAGAGACGGAAAAGGAAAAAGAGACGGAAAAGGAAAAAGAGACGGAAAAGGAAAAAGAGACGGAAAAGGAAAGAAAGACGGAAAAGGAAAGAAAGACGGAAAAGGAAAGAAAGACGGAAAAGGAAAGAAAGACGGAAAAGGAAAGAAAGACGGAAAAGGAAAAAAAGACGGAAAAGGAAAAAAAGACGGAAAAGGAAAAAAAGACGGAAAAGGAAAAAAAGGACCGAAAAGGAAAAAAGGACCGAAAAGGAAAAAAGGACCGAAAAGGAAAAAAGGACCGAAAAGGAAAAAAGGACCGAAAAGGAAAAAAGGACCGAAAAGGAAAAAAGGACCGAAAAGGAAAAAAGGACCGAAAAGGAAAAAAGGACCGAAAAGGAAAAAAAGACCGAAAAGGGAAAAAAGACCGAAAAGGGAAAAAAGACUGA